CGGUUCAUGCUUUACAAUACUCUCCAACUUUGGCUCUCAGAUCUUGCAACAGACUUUCUUCCAUACAAAGUCGAGGCAAUGAAGGUUCAAUACUCCAUCGUUUGUGUUUUGGACCUGUUGGCUGCCCUGGUCAGCGGCGCCAACCUCAACGUCUCGGGGGAUGCCGUGACCACAAGAUUUUGGGACUGCUGCAAACCGUCCUGCGGCUGGAAACUGAAAGCUCCCUUCUCACGGCCGGUGCAAUCAUGCGGUAUCGAGGACAAGCCUAUCGACAUCGACGCCGGCACUGGAUGUAACGGCGGGACUGCCUACCAAUGCUCCGACCAACAGCCCUGGAAAGUGAACGACACUUUCUCCUAUGGCUUUGCAGGCGCCUUCAUCAAACCCGAGCUCACUGGAGGCAAAAUCGAAGAUGCUUGGUGCUGUGCGUGCUACCAACUGGAUUUCACCAGUGAGCCAUUGAAAGGCAAAACCAUGAUUGUGCAAGCUUCGAAUACGGCCUACGAUGUCACUUCAACGAAUCGAUUCUCUCUGGCAAUACCGGGAGGCAACACUACUUCACACGAUGCGUGCGCCAAACAAUACGGCGUAGACCAACGAGUCUUCGGCACGGAAAGCGAGGGCAUCGGCCGUGAGGACGAUUGUGACAACCUCCCUGAAAAUCUGAGAUCGGCCUGUAAAUGGCGAUUCGAGUGGUACAAAGAUGCAUCAUUCCCCUCGGUCAACUUCAAGCGCGUUCCUUGUCCUUCAGAGCUUACCGACAAGACGCAGUGCGUUCGCAACGAUGAAGCUGAAUUGAAAGGUCUGGCACCGUCACCGGCACCCCUACACGAGCCAUCAUUCUGGGUCGCAGCCUUGGGCCUUGCCAUGACGAGCCUGUUCUUGGUAUAG